AUGAAGAAGCUACUAAUCCUGGUUGCCGUUUUGGCCGUGGCCAGCACGAAGUCAAUCGAUAUCAAUUCGUCCCAAGUUCAGCCAAUCGAGACGAUUGGCAUCGAUUGGUCCCAGGUUCAACCCAUUCAGGACACCGACCAAUACUGGGCUCGUCUUCCGGCUGAGAUGCAGUACCUGCGGAAGCAGGAACCGGACCGUAGGAUUGUUAACGGUCAAGAGGCAACUCCGGGCCAAUUUCCGUACCAAGUUCCGGAGGGUGCCAAAUUUAGUGUGGUUCGGCAGCAACAAUUGCUGCCCAAGUGUCCAGCUGCAAAGACUGCCAACAAAAUCGUUCCGGUCAACCGGGACGAGAUUAAAAGUGCUUUCAGAGGUGGUGAAAUCACCUGUCCGCGAAAAAUCAAAGUCGAUCCGCACCGCCGCCUGACAAGUGAUCGAAAGGACCAGUACCAGGAUUUCUAUCCGUGUACUCGAAACGAUAUUGCUAUAGUUCGUCUCAGUGGACACAUAACGUUCAACGCUAAUGUUCAACCUGUGCGGCUUCCGGCUCAAGGAGACAAUCGUCAGUUCGCGGGCUUGACUGGAACCGUUUCUGGAUUUGGAGCCCUAUGCAACGAUUGUGACACAUCAAAUGUGCUCAGAUACACUACAAAUCCGAUGAUAUCAAAUGCAGAAUGUUUGGCUUCCUUUUCAAAUUCUGAACUAAUUCAGGAACAGAACAUCUGUAUGUCUAAUGCCGGACAACGUGGUCACUGUUACGGUGAUUCUGGUGGCCCUGUGCACGGAUAG